CACGCCAAUCGGCUUCUUAAGCCCGACUAACCGGACACAUUAUUGAAGUAUAUUUGCGGGGUUUGAGGGGAGGGGCCCUUUUCAUUUAAAGGAGACAUCAAACAUUCUUUCUUCCCUACCUUCAUCCCAUCAAACACACCCUACAUUCACCAUGGCAACACAACGAAUUGGACAAAUCGCUCAACACUUAGAUCCUCGUACAUGGAGUGGAAAAGGAUUAGCCGCUCAUUCGAUGAAGAAUGACGAUGAUGUAGUAAUUAUCGCAUCUGGACGAACGGCAUUUUGCAAAGCAAAGAAAGGUCAUUUAAAAGAUACACCUUUUGACAUUUUGGUUAUGGAAUGCUUGAAGGGUUUAUUGCAAAAAGCCGCAAUCGACCCUGUUUUGAUUGAAGAAGUCGUCGUGGGAAACGUGCGUAACCCUGGCGCACCUUAUGCCGUUCGUGCUGCUUCAUUAGCUGCUGGAAUUGCAGAAUCAACACCUUCUUUGAUCGUCAACCGUUUCUGCAGUUCAGGUUUGAUGGCAAUCAGAAGUGUUGCAAAUCAAAUUCAAGCAGGCGAGAUCGAUUGUGGUUUAGCUAUGGGUUGUGAAAGCAUGACUUUUGUUGAUGCUGCCCCUACGGGUUUCUCACCUGAAGUGGAAAAUCAAAGUCAAGCUGCAAAAGAUUGCAAAAUGCCAAUGGGUUGGACAUCAGAAAAUGUUGCAAAAGAUUUUAAUAUUUCAAGACAAAAGAUGGACGCAUUUGCUGCUCGAUCGCAUCAACGUGCUCAUGAAGCGCAAACAUCGGGUAAAUUUGAUGCUGAAAUCAUGCCAAUCACAACACCUGUCAAACUGCCAGAUGGAACGACAACCUACACUACCGUCAGUCAAGAUGAUGGUAUUCGUCCAACUUCAACACCUGAAGGUUUAGCAAAGAUUAAACCUGCAUUCCCACAAUGGGCACCUGGACAAACAACAGGUGGAAAUGCAAGUCAAAUCACAGAUGGUGCAGCAGGUGUUGUUUUGAUGAGAAGAAGUUUGGCACGCAAAUUGGGCAAACAUAUUUUGGGCAAGUAUGUCUCAACUGCAGUAUGCGGAUUAGCACCAAGAAUAAUGGGAAUCGGACCAUCGAUCGCCAUUCCAAAAUUACUCGAACAAACUGGACUAACAAUGCAAGAUGUUGAUUUAGUUGAAAUCAAUGAAGCUUUUGCAAGUAUGGCAGUGUAUUGUGAAGAAAAGUUAGGAUUAGAUCCUUCAAAAUUAAACGUCAAUGGAGGUGCAAUUGCUUUAGGUCAUCCUUUAGGUGCCACAGGCGCUCGUCUUGUCGUUACAGCACUUGCCGAAUUGGAAAGACGAAAAGAAAGAGUUGCAGUCGUUUCCAUGUGUAUCGGAACAGGAAUGGGAGCUGCCGGUCUUCUGAUUCGGGAGGACUGAGUUGGUUUUUGAGAAAGAUUGUAUAUUUGCUUCAAAUUCAUAAUGACCGGCUGAUAUGAUCGUGUGUGUUUGCGUAUUAUGAGUCACGGGGCUCGAACUUCUCUGAUGACUAAAGAUGAUGAUUGCAUCAACGAUAAGACGGAAUCGGACAGGUACUGUAUCCUCUUCCUCAGAAAUCCUCUCCAUGAGACAAAUGAAAAACUUUCUGAAAACUCUUAUUCUGAUCUUAUCUCUUUACCGUCUUUCAUUGGGCGGAACUGAAGAACAAGCCAAUAAUUUUGACUGGACCGCAUACUCUUUCGAGCUACCGAAUCAUUCACCCGUACGUCACUUGGACUCUUCUGAUGAUGAACGCACCUCGUCAAGUCAACAUAAGGAUGAAUCUUCUGGACCAAAGCAAUUCACGCCGCUUAGGAGGAUCAAAAGUCCUAUUGAAGAGAUGAAAGCGAAGAUGAAGAUAGCUAACAAAAGACGAUACCUCAGACGCAAAGCAGA